AUUACUUAUUACAUUUUUUGCAAAAAAUAAUUCUUUUCCGCUAAAAUUUCUCCAACAACUUUAGAUACAAUGCAUGAUUCCAAAGUAGCAGAUUUUCCAUAACUUUCUAUAUAAACACACUAAUACUCAUCACUUUCAAACUGCAAUAACACUCUAACUUAAACUCUGCUUCUUGUUUUUGUUCUCAACGUCUUUUAGUUCAUUGGAAUUUGUAACAAAGUAAAUGGCGGGCUCUUCAUCAUCAUCUUCAUCAGGGCAGCCACAGUUUAUUGUCAGUACUGGAAAUAGGAGUUUUUCCAAUGCACCACUUAUUGAAAAAUCUGAUUCUUGUGAACAAAUUGUUGUUCCUGAUAGGAAAAGCUGGAAAAACCUGUUUUCGUAUAUGGGUCCCGGCUUCCUAGUUUCUAUUGCAUAUAUUGAUCCUGGAAAUUUUGAAACUGAUCUGCAGGCAGGUGCACAGUACAAAUAUGGGUUACUUUGGAUCAUUUUAGUGGCCUCAUGCGCUGCUCUCGUUAUUCAAUCCCUUGCUGCCAAUUUGGGGGUUGUUACUGGAAAGCAUUUGGCAGAACACUGCCGGUCUGAAUAUCCGAGAAUACCAAACUUCAUCCUUUGGGUUCUUGCAGAAAUCGCUAUUGUAGCAUGUGACAUUCCUGAAGUGAUUGGUACAGCGUUUGCGUUGAACAUGCUCUUCAGAAUUCCAGUCUGGAUUGGUGUUCUUCUCACUGGCUUUAGUACGUUGAUUCUUCUAGCAUUACAACAAUACGGGGUUCGGAAGCUUGAAUUCUUUAUUGGGUUUCUUGUAUUUACAAUUGCUGGAUGCUUUUUGGGGGAGCUUGGCUAUGCAAAGCCUGAUGCUUCUGAAGUUCUGGAAGGGCUUUUUGUUCCCAAACUCGGGGGAAAUGGGGCUACCGGGCUUGCAAUUUCAUUACUUGGUGCCAUGGUUAUGCCGCACAAUCUCUUCCUCCAUUCUGCAUUGGUACUUUCCAGGAAGAUCCCUCGGUCUGUCCGUGGUAUAAAGGAGGCUUGCAGAUUUUACUUAAUAGAAAGUGGCUUUGCUCUAUCUGUAGCAUUUCUCAUUAAUAUCUCUGUUAUAUCUGUAACUGGUGCUGUUUGCAAUUCUUCAAAUUUAAACCCUGAAGAUAAGUCCAAAUGUGAGGACUUGGAUUUGAACAAGGCUUCUUUUCUGCUUAAAAACGUUUUAGGUAGUUGGAGUUCGAAACUUUUUGCGAUUGCUUUGCUGGCGUCAGGCCAGAGUUCUACCAUCACAGGGACUUAUGCCGGGCAGUAUGUCAUGCAGGGUUUCUUGGAUCUAAGGUUAGUACCAUGGGUACGAAACUUUCUAACUCGAUGUUUGGCAAUAGUCCCGAGUUUGAUCGUUGCACUUAUCGGUGGCUCUGCUGGGGCUGGAAAGUUAAUUAUUAUCGCAUCGAUGAUUCUUUCAUUUGAGCUUCCUUUUGCUCUAAUUCCACUUCUCAAGUUCACCAGUUGCAAAACCAAGAUGGGGGCUCAUGCCAACUCAGUUGUGAUUUCAGCUAUCACCUGGGUUAUUGGCUCCUUGAUCAUGUCAAUCAAUGUGUACUACCUCGUCUCCGGCUUCAUCAACAUUCUCAUCCACGGCCAUUUAAAACGCGCAGCAUCCAUCUCUCUUGGAAUUUUCGGAUUCGGAGGAUUAGGAUUGUAUUUGGGUGCAAUUGCAUACUUGGUUUUUCGCAAAAAUUCGAAAGCAUCUCAUCUUUUGGCACUAACAACUCAUGAAAGCCGGCAGUCAGCUGCGAAUGAGUCCGGCCAAGGAUCAAUGCCUAAUCUUCCUAGAGAAGACAUAGUAGAUAUGCAGUUACCUCAGCGGGCGGCAGAACAAGUUGACCGAUAAGUGAUUACCGAGCAGCAUUAACUGACUUUUAGUGAUCAGAAUCAGAUAGCACUAGAAGUGGCAGAUUGAUAGUGAUCAGAAUAGCAUCAGAAAGAAUAAUUUGAACUAUAGUUUUGUAUCUUCUCAUAAGGUUUUUAUAGCUGCUUCCGUUGGAGACAAGUAAUAGUUAUUAGGUAACCUCUAGAUGGCCGAGUGGCAUUUGCAGAUCAAUAUACAUCUUCAUAAUAAUAAAGCAAAUAUGUAUAAGGGUUAAUUAAUCUAAAUAAAAUACAACUUUUUUUAAA